UGCAGUGACAGCACAGCUGCACACGCCAUGUUUAGUGGAAACAAAAGGGGCAAGUUCCACUGCUUGGUUGCCGGUUAAAGAAAUAACAUCGCUGGCUAACUAGCUAAGGUUGAUGAAAAAUAAAAAACGAGUAUGAGAAGGGAAUUUUGGGGGGGGCUGAUUGGAUUUGUUGGAGGUUGUUACAAUGCCCUUUCCGUCUACAAACCAGGUGUUGUUGGGUCGGGAGACACCCAAACACUAUGGGAUCACUUCUCCUAUCAGCCUGGCCCAAGCCAAGGAGGCUGACCUGGUCCUCACACACAGGCUGACUGAGGCCCUGAAACCAUACGGGGUGUUUGAAGAGGAGCUGGAACUACAGCGCAGAAUACAUGUGUUGGGAAAACUGAACACCCUGGUGAAGGAAUGGAUCCGUGACGUCAGUGAGACAAAGAAUCUGCCUGCCUCAGUGAUUGAAACGGUUGGAGGGAAGAUCUUCACAUUUGGGUCCUACAGGUUAGGAGUCCACACUAAAGGUGCUGACAUUGAUGCCCUGUGUGUGGCUCCUCGGCAUGUGGAGAGAACGGACUUCUUCUCCUCGUUCCUGGACAAGCUGAAGGAGCAGGAGGAGGUCAAAGAUUUGAGGGCUGUUGAGGAGGCAUUUGUCCCCGUGAUAAAGCUGUCUUUCGACAGCAUUGAGAUUGAUAUCCUGUUUGCCCGGUUAGCGUUGCAAACCAUCCCAGAGAAUCUGGACCUCCGAGAUGACGGGUUGCUGAAGAACCUUGACAUCCGCUGCAUAAGGAGUCUUAAUGGUUGUAGAGUUACAGAUGAAAUCCUCCAUCUUGUGCCCAACAUUGAGAACUUCAGACUGACACUGAGGACCAUCAAGCUGUGGGCUAAACGUCAUAACAUCUACAGUAACAUCCUGGGCUUCCUGGGUGGUGUAUCCUGGGCCAUGCUGGUAGCCAGGACCUGCCAGCUCUACCCCAACGCUGUGGCCUCCACCCUUGUACACAAGUUCUUCCUCGUCUUCUCCAAAUGGGAAUGGCCCAACCCUGUUCUCCUGAAGCAGCCAGAGGACUGCAACCUGAACCUGCCAGUCUGGGACCCCAGGGUGACCCCCAGUGACCGGUAUCACCUGAUGCCCAUCAUCACACCAGCCUACCCCCAGCAGAACUCCACCUACAACGUCUCUGCCUCUACACGUGCCGUCAUGGUGGACGAGUUCAAACAGGGUCUGUCCAUCACAGAUGAAAUUUUGCAGAGUAAAGCAGAGUGGUCCAAACUAUUUGAAGCACCAAACUUCUUUCAGAAAUACAAGCAUUAUAUUGUGUUGCUAGCGAGCGCCCCCACCGAGAAGCAGCACCUGGAGUGGGUUGGUCUGGUUGAGUCUAAGAUCAGGAUCUUAGUAGGAAACCUGGAGAAGAAUGAGUUCAUAACGUUGGCCCAUGUCAACCCCCAGUCCUUCCCCGGACCCAAGGAAAGCAGGGACAAAGAGGAGGUCAGCACCAUGUGGGUGAUAGGGGUUAUCUUUAAGAAGAUGGAGGCAUCAGAGAACCUCAACGUUGACCUGACCAUUGACAUCCAGUCCUUUACUGACACAGUGUACCGGCAGGCGAUGAACAGCAAGAUGUUUGAGGCGGACAUGAAGAUCCAGGCCAUGCAUGUGAAGAGGAGACAACUUCACCAGCUACUGCCCAACCUGGUCAUGCCCAAACGCAGGAAGCACUCGACAGAGGGGCUUCGUCAGAUGAAUGACAGUAGUCUGGACCUAUCGUUGGACAGCGACAACAGUAUGUCAGUGCCGUCCCCCACGGCCGUGCCAGCCACUGUGCCCACGUCAACCCCAGUGAAGUGUGGCCCACUAGGUCCCCCUCCAAGUCCCAUCGCGGCUGCAGCCAGCCAGCCUGAGGCCCCGGCUGUGAAGAGACCUGGCUCCCCUACGCAGGAAGACAGGAAGAGGUUCAAAUCAGAUGCUGAGGAUUCAGCCAUUGAGAAGAAGCCUUCAGGAGACCCAGUCCCCACAAGCCUGACCCCCUCUCCUCCGCCCACCAUGGGCCCCCCAGCGGCCCCCCAGACCUCUCGCCAGGAGAUGCUGGAGGAGGAGGACCCCUCCCCAGUACCAGAGACUAGGACAACAGAGGAUGGUGCACCUGCUGGAGAGGAGUGCACCACUGUGGAGACACAGGUCAAUGAGGACAGGAUGUCUGAGGAGAUGCCUGCUUCUGAAGGGGAAGGCAAGAUGGAGGCAGAUAUUAAGCGAAUGGUCAGUGCGGACCUGUCUGAUGUGCCCCUCCUGCCAGCCAACCCAAUUCCAGUGGUCAAGAACUCUAUAAAGCUUCGCCUCAGCAGGUAGGAGAGAGGACAGACAGACGCAUCUACUCGCCUCCCCGGCCCCCAUACCCUGAACUCUACUGUGGAUGUCCUAAGACAUUCUCAGUCCUCUGCGGAAUGCCCACAGUGCUGCAGAUAAAGACAGACAGACAACACAGGCGACUAGACAGACGUCACUCUUUUCAACCAGGGACAUUGUCAGUUGACAUGUAGGACGUAGCUGCAACUGUCUCCACAAGAGGGCGAUGUUGCUCUUCUGCUGAAUUCUCCUAGGUGGCUUCCAACUUAUACCUUACUGGUUAAAGAGUAGAAGUUGUCCCAUAGACACAGAUCUAGGAUCAGCACACCUUCCCCUGAGUCUUAGUAAAACACAAAACGGACCCUAGAUCACCAUGUCGGCAUCUUCAUCCUACUCCUUCCAGAGCUGCUGGUUACCAGGAAUAAACAACGUGACAUAGAGAUGUCAUCUUUCCUGUGCAUGCAGACGUGUGUUCUGUGCGUGUACGUGGAUGCUCAUUGGUUCUCUCUCUUCUUCGCUCCUCUUUGUGUUGUCCAGAGAACAGACGAUGACGGAACAAGUUCUGACUAAUGAUAUUGGGAUUUCUUUGUCCCAGUGGUUUACGGUGUGUGUGUGUGUGUGUGUGUGUGUGUGUGUGUGUGUGUGUGUGUGUGUGUGUGUGUGUGUGUGUGUGUGUGUGUGUGUGUGU